GCAGUGGUCUGGCCCGGGGCAGAUGGCGGACGGACCGAUCAUCUCCCAGUAAACAAAUUAUACAUAUUUCAUGUCGCAUCGAUCCGCCGUCAGCAACAGGGCGGCUGGAGCGGGAACACACCCCUAUAUCAGCCGGCACGGGUAGCAGCAGGCUCAAACUCUCCCAACUUUCCUCCGCGUCACACACAAGGAAAAACUCUCUCCCUACCGCCAUGGAGUACCCGUACCUGAACACGUCUCUGUAUGAUUCCUGUAUGAGUAACAUAGACCCUUCCAUCACCAGCUCGUACCCAGACUUCUCCUCGUGCACGCAGCUUCAGGGCAGCCAGGGAUACCAGUACUCCCCCAUACGGAACCACAGCUUCCCGACCACCUGUCCGCCCGGCCCCGCCGCCGCUAACUGCAGUCUGCCGUCCAUGCGGGAUCCGCACCACCAGCCUACCCCGUAUACGCCAGCGGACGCGUAUGGCAGUCUGUGGAACACGUCCAAAGUCGGAGCGCUGAAAGACGAGAGACACGACUAUAUCACAGUAGCUCAGUACAAGUUGUUCCAUGACGGUCCUCCCGGCCUGCACGAGAAGAGGAAACAGCGGCGGAUCCGGACCACCUUCACCUCCGCACAGCUGAAGGAGCUGGAGCGCGUGUUCGCGGAGACGCACUACCCGGAUAUAUACACACGGGAGGAACUCGCGCUGAAGAUAGAUCUCACGGAGGCAAGAGUACAG